AUGGAAGUUAUGGGAAAUUCUCCAAAUCACAACAGAAUGGGAAAAUAUCUAACAUUUCCACCUGGUGACAAAAUUACUACUCCACAAUUUGCAUUUUUUGUAGCCAUCGCCCUACCUUUGGCCAACCGUCAGGACAUUUUCUUAUCCUACAACUACGAAUUCAACUACGAUUUACCAGAAAAUCACACCGAAAUUUGGGAAGACGUCCCUACCACAUGGGCGAUUGAGGACCCUCCAGACCACCAAGACUUCUUAGAACGCAGAAGAAGAAGUCUGAAUCGCACUACCGCCUAUCACACCAUACAGAAACAUUUCGAACAUGUCGGACUGGAGGGCAAACACUGUUUGCUGAGGACGAUUUGCGAGGCCGCCGAAAUGCCAUUACAUCAUAAUGGAUUAAUUGGAGAUUUGUUUCAUAUAUUUUUACUUCCUUCGACGAGCAAAGACGAAGGCCUGCCGAAGUCUUACGCCGAAGCCGAAGCUGCAGGAAACAAAGGCGACUGCAAUUUUUACAAAAAUAAAUGCGAUUUUGGACUUUUGGAUUUAGUCAGUCAAGUCUUCUAA